AUGCUGCAACUCAAACCAAAUCUUCUAAAUUUCAUUAAGUGUGAAGUUGGGGAUGGAACUACUGCUUCUUUCUGGUAUGAUAAUUGGACUGACUUUGGACAGCUAAUCACCUUCCUCGGGGUAGCGGGUCCUAGUCAACUUCGAGUCAGAAGAAGCGCAAAGGUUAUUGAAGCUUCGAGGAAUGGUGCCUGGAACCUCCAAGCAGCCCGAUCAGUCAGUGGUCAGUCUCUUAUGGUAGCGCUCACUGAAUAUCCUGUCUCUGAGGCAACUUGCGGCCCAUACAUUUUUCUAUGGCGUAAAGCCUCAGGUAAUUACUCUCAUACCUUUUCCUCCAAGGAAACAUGGGAGCAAGUUCGACAUAGAUCCCUUCUAGUCCCGUGGGCGGAUAUUGUUUGGUUCAAACAACAUGUUCCUCGCUAUUCUUUCAUCGCCUGGUUGGCAAUGCUUAACCGUCUACCUACUCGAGAUAGGCUUCACAGGUGGGGAAUGAAUGUUCCUAUUUCUUGCGUCUUAUGCUCAUCUGGGGUUGAGAGCCAUGCCCAAAUUUUCUUUGAGUGCCCCUUCGCCACCGACUUGUGGGGUUUUCUCGCUGCAAAGUUUAUCCCAAACCCACCCUACAACCUUUCUGCAGCUGCAUCGUGGAUCGCCUCUCUAAACUCGCCUCUUCAAGCCAACACAACCGCCAUUCUCAAGCUUCUCCUAACGUCUGUUCUCUAUCACGUCUGGAAGAAGCGUAACUCCAGAAUUUUCAUUGACACCGCCUUCACCAUCCACCAACUCCGGAUUGCUAUUGAUCGCGUAAUGCGGGAUAGGCUUUUGUCCUUCAUGGGCCCUUCCUUGCACUCUUCUCUCCUCCUUAUCUACUUUUCUCAUGUUUCUCAUAUGUCCUUUUGA